CUUCAAUAUCUUUUAUUAUUAGAAUACUUAUGGCCUUAAUAGCUAUAGCAUUUUACACACUACUAGAGCGAAAAUUACUAGGAUAUUUUCAAAUUCGAAAAGGCCCUAACAAAAUAAUUUUCAUAGGACUUUCGCAACCAUUUGCUGACGCUAUCAAAUUAUUCUUAAAAGAACAGCUAACCCCCACCAAUGCCAAUAAAACCUCAUUUAUUAUUGCUCCAAUUAUAGGCCUAUUCUUAUUACUAAUGAUAUGAAGGAUCUUUCCACAUCAAAACACUGCAUUUUGAGUUCAAUUUGGAAUUCUAUAUUUCCUAUUUAUUUCUGCAAUAAAUGUGUACACUACAUUUAUUGCUGGAUGAAGAUCAAACUCAAAAUAGGCCCUUUUAGGGGCAUUACGUAGUGUAGCUCAAACAAUUUCAUAGGAAAUUAGAAUAACACUUAUCCUAUUAGCCGCAUUAAUAGUAUCUAUAUCUAUAGAUAUUUCUAUAAUAUCAAAUUACUUAUAUACAACAAUCAUGGUAAUUAUAUUCCCUGUAUCCAUUUUAUGAUUUAUUACCAACUUGGCAGAAACCAAUCGCACACCAUUUGAUUUUGCUGAGAGUGAGUCAGAACUAGUAUCAGGGUUUAACAUUGAAUAUGGCUCAAGCAUAUUUGCAUUGAUCUUUAUGGCAGAAUAUUCAAAUAUCUUUUUCAUGAGACUACUGACAACCUCUAUUUUUUUAACAUCCAUAAUUAAAAUCUUAUCCUUAUACCAAGUCCUAAUAACUAUACUCGUAGCUAUAAUUUUUGUAUGGGUACGAGCCUCAUUUCCUCGAAUGCGAUAUGAUUCACUAUAAUACUUACAUGAAAAAGAUUUUUGCCAUUUUCAAUUAGAGUCUUAAUUCUAGUGUUACCUUUAACUACCAUUAUAAAUAUUUU